AUGGAUCCAAGGAAGGGACAGGCCCAGUGGCAGCAGCAGCAGCAGGGAGGAGGCGGAACGUUUGGAAGCUUCCAGCAACAGUCAGGUCAGGGCGUUCAGCAGCAAGGCCAACAGCAAAGACAACAGGGGAGGCAGGGUUAUUCUUAUUCCUACUCCUCCGCCUACUCCAGCGGACCUGGGGGUGAAUACGGGCAGGCGGACUUUUCACAGGACAAGGGGAGUGGUGGCGUGGAGCAUCAUCACGUUUCGUGGGGCCCUGGACAGGAGCCGCAGCACCAUCACUUCUCUACUCAGGGCCAGCAACAGGGAGGCCAGCAACAGGGCGGCCAGCAACAGGGCGGCCAGCAACAGGGCGGCCAGCAACAGGGAGGCGAGCAAGGGAUGCCAGAAGAUCUGGCAGCUCUGCAGCAGGCGAGGAACGCAGUGCAGAUGGACUCAAUCCGUGCUGUUCAGGGAGUUGGUGGUGGGGAUGGAUGGAAGGACAGCAGAAUGAGCAGCAGAGGUGGGGGGUGUGGUGUUGGGGGGUCUGAGGAAGAGGGGCGUAGGGGUGGUGAACGGGGGAGGGAGGUGGGCGAGAAGGUGGAGAGCAGAACAAAGGAGGAGAACGAGGAGAAGGAGAAGGAGAAGGAGAAGGAGAAGAAGCAGGAGGCGUGGUCUUCGUAUGAGACGGUUUUCACGAAUGCGAAAGCAGGCAUGGAGGGGGUGGACAAGGAGCGGGUGAAACGGAUUGUCUAUGCCAUGAGCCAGGGGUCGCGCUUCUUCCAGCACGAGCAGCGCAAGGAGGCAGCGCUCCUCUCCAAGAUCGCCCACAUGCAGCGCGCCAAGCAGGCCAUUCCCCCGGAGAAACUCGCCCUACUGGAGAGACAGGCGGAUGGGAUGCUGGCGCGGAUGGUGGCGGAGGCGAGCAGGGAGGAGCGGCGGCGCGUGUGGGUGCAUGUGGACAUGGAUGCGUUCUAUGCGGCGGUGGAGGCGCUGGGGGAUGCAAGGUUGAGAGACGUGCCCAUGGCUGUUGGCGGCAUGGGCAUGCUGUGUACUGCCAACUAUGAGACGUGGGCUGGUGAAGGGGAGGAGGAGGCGAGCAGGGAGGGGCGGCGCGUGUGGGUGCAUGUGGACAUGGAUGCGUUCUAUGCGGCGGUGGAGGUGCUGGGGGAUGCAAGGUUGAGAGACGUGCCCAUGGCUGUUGGCGGCAUGGGCAUGCUGUGUACUGCCAACUAUGAGACCCCUCUCGCCUCUCCCCGUCUCCCCCUCUCCCCAUCUGCCCUCCCUCCCCCGUUCCCUGUCCCCCUUCCCUUCCCCGUCCCCUCCCUUCCCCCCCACUCCCUUCCCCCCGACUACCUUCCCCACCACUCCCUUCACCCCCGACCUCUCCCCCCUAACCCCUCCUCACCCCCUUCCCCCCUCUCCACACACCACAUCUGUGCAGGCGCGCAAGUACGGGGUGCGGGCAGCCAUCCGGGGUUCAUAGUGCAAAAGCUGUGCCCUGAACACGUGUCCCUACUCGUCCCUCAUAUCCGCCCUUCCCUUCCUCCUUACACCUUUCCCCCCCACUCCCUUCCCACCCACUCCCUUCCCCCCCACUCCCUUCCCCCCCACUCCCGUCCCCACCACGCCCUUCACCCCCGACCUCUCCCCCCUAACCCCUCCUCACUCCCUUCCCCCCUCUCCGCACACCACAUCUGUGCAGGCACGCAAGUACGGGUAUUCCGCCAGUACGACCCGCACUUUGUGGCGCGCAGUCUAGAUGAGGCGUAUCUGGACAUUACUGCCGUGUGCGAGGACAGGAGCAUGACUCCAGCGCAGGUAGCAGAGGAGCUACGGCACAAAGUGCGCUCUAGACACCUCGAAAACAGCUUCCCCACUGACUGCUCCCCUUGCCUCCUCCUCACCUCAUCGCCUGGCCCCGCGUCCCCUUCAGUAUGGCAGGUAGCAGAGGAGCUACGGCACAAGGUGUAUGCUCUGCACACACUGACUGACGUGUGUUCAAGGCACCUCCCCGCUGACUGUUCUCCUUGUCUCCUCCUCACCUCAUCGCCUGCCCCCGCGUCCCCUUAUGUACGGCAGGUAGCAGAGGAGCUACGGCACAAGGUGCAUGCCCACACCGGCCUCACGUGCAGUGCAGGAGUGGCCGCCAACAGAAUGCUCGCCAAGGUGUGCUCGGACAUCAACAAGCCCAACGGGCAGUACGUGCUGCCAUUCGACCGUGAAGCCAUUCUGAGCUUCAUCUCCUCGCUGCCCAUCCGCAAGAUAGGAGGAGUGGGGAAGGUGACAGAGCGGUUGCUACGGGGCGUGCUGGGGGUGAAGGUGUGUGCUGACAUCAUCACUCACAGAGGCGCCCUGCUCGCCCUCUUCUCACCCAUAUCCGCUGAGUUCUUCCUGCAAGCUGCGCUGGGCAUAGGCGGCAGUGGGGACGUGGAGGAGGGACCCAGGAAGAGUAUUAGCUGCGAGCGCACCUUCUCGCCCCUCUCUGCAGAGCCUGCCAUUCUCAAUAAACUCGUUUCUCACACCUUAUCUUCUCGCCUCUCUCUGCUGAGCCGGCCAUUCUCAAUAAACCCGGCGCCUCAAAAUGCAAGUUUCGUCCCUGCAUCUCUCUCUCUCCUCAUGCAGCGCCUCAAAUUGCAAGUUUCCUCCCUGCAUCUCUCUCUCUCCUCAUGCAGUGAGGUGUAUUUUGAGGCGCCUCAAAUUGCAAGUUUCCUCCCUGCAUCUCUCUCUCUCCUCAUGCAUGCAGAGCAACUGAGCUUCGCUCUGGCAAAGGACCUGGAGGAAGGAACAUGGCAUGGCAUGAAGGGAUUUCUGAGUCGACUGAACGAGGAGACCUUUGAGUUGACUCAGAAGUGGUCCGUGCGCACACGGGCAGUGUCUGUUCCAGAGCCCAUAGGGUCACAGCAGGAGAUCUCUGCAACCUCUCAAAGCUUCAGAACUCAUGUCUGUACCAGAGCCCAUAGGGUCACAGCAGGAGGUCUCUCUUUUAGGCCUCUCAAAGCUCUCCUUUUUUCUUCUCCCCUCCCCCCAUUCCUCUCUCCACCUCAUCGCCCUCAGGUGCGCACGCGGGCGGUGUCUGUACCAGAGCCCAUAGGGUCACAGCAGGAGAUGUGGCCGCUAGUUGUGAGGCUCAUACGAGCAGAGCUGCCAGUCUCGGUGCGACUGCUAGGUCUGCGCAUGAGCGCCCUUGUGCCGCGCGCCAGCAGUGGCAGCAGCAGGCAGGCAACAAUCAGUGAGGUGCUUGGAGGAAGGAGAGCAGUUGGUGGUAGUUCUGCCAAGGGGGCUGCUGAGGGGAAGUAUUCUACCGGUUCCCCUGAGGGGAAGUUCCCUACAGGUCCAACUGAGGGGAAGCAUUCUGCAUAUAUGGGUGUUAAGAGAGUAGAACCGAGCAAGAGCAGGGGAGGAGAGGGGAGGGAGCGAUUGCUGGAGGAGAAUUCGGUGGAGGGAGAGGGAUGGGCGCAUGGAGGCGCCGAGAGGGUAGAGGAGAGGCGGCUUGGGGGAGAGUGGAGGGAGCAUGCAAGAUUACCCGAUGCACGUGUGCAAAAUGAGACAGGGGAAGAGGUGGGGGGGAAAGAGGAGUUGAGGGGCUGUGGCGAUGGUGGUGCGGAGUUGAGUGGCUGUGAGUGGGAGGGUGGGUGGGAUAGUGAGAGUGAGUGGGAGGAGUGUGGUGAGGGGAUGGCUGAAGGGAUGGAUGGUGGGAGGAGCGGUGGGGGAGAGAGAGAGGUGAGGGAGGAGAGGGAGGAGAGGGAGGAGAGGGACGAGAAGGAGGAGAGGGAAGAGAGGGAGGAGAGGGAGGAGGAGGAGAGGGAGGAGCGGGAGGAGAGGAAAGAGGAGGAGAUAGAAGAGAGGGAGGAGGAGGAAGAGAAGGAGAGAAGAGAAAGUGAGAACAGGGAAGGGAGGGAAGAGAGGGAGGAGAGAGAAGAGAGGAUGAAGAACACUGAUGUUGAGAAAGCAUGUGCACAGGUGGGUAGGAGAAGGAUGGAGGAGAGAGGGGACGAGGAGGAGGAGGAGGCGAAGGAAAAAGAGGUGACGUUGGCUCUGACUCAGAAGGCGUUUCAAAUGCCUCCUAUGUCGUUUGAAGAUGCGACUCAUUAUCAGGAGGGCAUGGAGAAGCAAGAGAUGGACGAAACGUUUGCUGGGGAAGCGGGUGCAGGGGUCCCGAGUGGAAAAAGGGGGAAAGGCGGGAAGGGCAAGAAAGAAAAGGCAACUCGAGAAGCAGCAACAGCAGCAGCUGUGCAUAGAUUCGUUAUUGCAGCAUGUAGCAGCAGGAGGCACGAGAGGAGCAGGAGCAUCUGGUGA